CCCAACCUGUCGCCCACUCCCUCCCUCCACGAUCCCCUCCGUUCCCUCCGUUCCCUCCGUUCCCUUAUUCUCCUCCUUCCCCUCUCUACCUUCUCCUCCCUCUCCUCUCUACCUUCUCCUCCCUCGCCUCUCUACCUUCUCCUCCCUCCCCUCCGUUCCCUCAUUCUGUUCUUUUCCCUUUGUUUCUCCUCUCUGCACUCUCAACCACUCAUCCUUUUCCUCUUAUCCUCAACAUCAGGGCUGACAGUGUGAAUCGAGUUAUAAUCAGUCCUACCAUCUUGCCAGCUCCUCGCAUGCGUAUUGCCUUCCCUUGUGCUCGCUGCAACAUCCGGUGAGAUGCGUCGAGGGGAGGGCUGGAACAUCAAGGCUUGAGGCCAACGUCUCCUUGCCUUGUUUCAUAGACGGGGGUGUAGAGUUGAGGUAACAGCGUGUGUGAGCGUUGGAGGCAUGAGAUCUAGCAUUGAGAUUGCAGCAAAAAAGAUCUGGAGGUGUUGGAGAAGCUUCAGAAAUCGUAGGAUCUUCGCGUACCUUCGUCAUGCUGUCUGCCGAGCAGAGGACAGCUUGACCCAUCAGGUUCUCCGCAAGAUCAGCCCUCUCGAGGCUUCUGUCCUCCGUGAUCCAACCCUCAAUGCUCGUCUUCGUUUCCGCUUCGGAGGAAGCAACUUUCCGCCGCUCAUUCUGUACAAGAUCUUCAUCAACGCGAAUGUACAAUACAUCGCCGGGGCCAACCGAAUUCUCGCUGGCAGCAAGGCAGCUGAAGAUGCUUGUGACAUCAUGGGGGAACGAAAAUAUUUUGACAUCAUUCUAAGCGACGUCGAGAACUGUACACCGUUAUCUGACUCGGUGCUGAUCCAAGACGAUCUCAGCCUGCAAACCCGGUUGAAAGAGCACAGCAUGUUGGAUUCACAUGCUGUGUGGCUGGGUGGACGAGGAAAUGGAUGGCGGGUGUUGAUCGACGACAGGUUCAUCAUCAACGAGAACGCCCUCCGCUUCUCUGCCUCCCGAGAUGUUCAGAGCGGCAAGUACGAGAAGAUCAUGGACUCGCUCUUGACGGUAAGCUUUUCACCCUAA